AUGGGUGAGGGACUAAUCGAUGCUAGCUUGCUGGUCGGAAAAUAUGAUGAAAGCAAUCCUUUGGUUUUAAUCCCCAAGAGGAAGAGUGUACUGAAGAGGGCGGCGGCUGAUCGACCGCCCAAGAUUUUGUCUCGAAGCAGAAAGAAGGAGCUUCAGAAGCUGGUUGCUAAAAAGCAAAAAAAAUUAACGAGGGGUGCGCUUUGGAAGGAACUUGAAGGUCUGACAGGUAAAAAUGCCACGACGACUGCUUUGUACAAGUUGUUCAGUCGUAAUCGCAAAUCUGAGAGGAAAGUUGAGAGAUUGUCCAAAUCUUACCUUCUAAAAUCGAAAAGAUGGCGUGAUUCUUCAUCACCUUCUGGUUCCUCUAUAGUUUCCGAUAGUCUUAGUUCGACAGAAGAACUAUUGUCUGAAUCGAUUGGUCAAACUUGCCCGCCUGAAGUCACGAGGAGCCAAGUAAUCGAAUCUGAUCCUGCCUUGCUGCUUAAUAAAUCCGGUGAUUUCGAGUCCGUAAAAACGCAAACGACUGCCUCGAUUCCUUUCGAUGGCGGAAUGAGGGUGAUGUACGUCCCUGUGAAUAGAAGUCCUGAUAUUCAAACUGCUCGUCUCACCCUUCCUAUAGUCUCUGAAGAGGCUAGAAUAAUGGAAAAAAUAAGUGAAAAUGACGUAGUCAUUAUCUGCGGUGCUACUGGCUGCGGUAAAACUACGCAAGUACCCCAAUUUCUGGACAAUUAUAAAAUUGGUAUCACGGAACCAAGACGUGUUGCUGCGAUAACCAUGUGUGAACGUGUCUCCGAAGAACUGGGUUUUAAUAAUGGUGAAGUUGGUUAUCAUAUACGCUACGGAAAGAACAUUUCGACUAAGACUCAGAUCAAAUUUAUGACUGAUGGAAUUUUACUUCAAGAAAUGAAAAAGGACUUUGAAUUGUCUUCUUAUUCUGUAAUACUGGUCGACGAAGCCCACGAAAGAUCAGUUUACACCGACGUCCUAUUGGGUCUUCUUUCUCUUGUGACGCGCUUGCGCAGACGGGCUUACAAUGAGAAACCGGAUAGUGCACUCCUUCCACUGAAACUGAUAAUUAUGUCCGCCACUUUGCGAGUCGAAGAUUUUGCCGAUAAUAAAAGACUCUUCCCCACCGUUAAGGCGAAUCCGGGGGGAGAGAGUAAAUGCGAUGAUGACGAUGAACGUGAAGGUCAGAGGCCCGGUGCUCCACCUGUUUUGAAAGUUGAAUCCAGACAGUUCCCGGUGACUUGCCACUUCUCCCGUCACACACCCGAUGACUACCUCAAAGCCGCUUUCCGUAAGGUAAUGGACAUUCACCGAGACGCAGCACCCGGUGGGAUUUUGGUAUUUUUAACUGGUCAACGGGAAGUCCGGACCCUCUGUAAUUGGCUCUUAAAAGCGUUCCCAAUUACAGAGUCUGCGGAUACUAAAGCAAAAACAAGGAGGGGCAAGAAGGAAGAUGUAGUUGAAGCCGAGCCCUAUAAGAAUAAGGCGAAGAAGCGGAAAAGGGCUAAGACGGAGGCCGAAGAGAAUUCGAAAGGUGAAAAGUCGGCAGAUCGGAUAAAUCUUAACGAAAUGGAGGAAGAUUUAUCUAUUGAGGAAAGCCCAUCAAUUUCGCGUUUCAAUUUAGAUAAUUUCGACAUCAUUCCGGCUGAUGAAGAGGUGGAGGUAGGUCUCGGAAGUGAGGGCAGGCGAAUUUGGAACCCCCUUAAAGGCGAUGGCACAGACGACAAAUCCAUCAGGAGGCAGGUGAUUGAAGAGGAUAGUGAUGAUUAUGGUGAUGAGGACGCAAUUGACGCCGAAGUUCUCCGAGAACUACGAGAAUCUAACAAUCAAACACAACUUACACCGAUUUUGGCUCUACCACUGUAUUCGCUUCUGCCAGCCGAGCAACAGAGACGUGUGUUUAAGCCUCCACCUGAAGGUUGUCGUCUUGUGGUUGUGGCAACCAAUGUCGCCGAAACUUCGCUUACAAUACCCAACAUCCGUUACGUGGUCGACACUGGAAAGGUCAAGUCAAAGAUCUACGAUACUGGGACGGGGGCCUCGUGCUUCCGCAUUGUAUGGAUUAGUCGGGCCUCAGCAGAGCAGAGAGCGGGCAGAGCGGGUCGUAUAGGUCCCGGUCACUGCUACCGCCUCUACUCUUCUCGCGUCUUUGCUGACGAAAUGGCGCCAUUCACCGCACCCGAAAUCCUUACUCGACCUGUCGAUGAAGUUGUGCUCCUUCUGAAAUCGUAUUUGGGUAGCACUCCACUGUCGCGCUUUCCUCUACCUACAUCGCCCACGGCGGCUGCAGUUGAAGCCGCGGAACGACGUCUUACAGCCUUGGGUGCUUUGGAGGAAAAGAAAGUUGGGACAGAAACAUUACGAACAAUAACGCCGGCGGGUCGGUGGAUGGCGCGCCUUCCCCUGCCGGCACGGUUCGCGCGGAUGCUACUGUUCGCGAACCAGCACAAUCUCAUGCCCUACGCCGUGGUCCUCGUAACCGCGCUCUCCGUUCCCGACUUUUUUCUGUCCGAUCCCCAGCCGCCGCCGACACUCGUCGAAGAUGCCGCGACGGUAGUAGAACAAAGGCGCAAGAGAGCACAAAUCUCCGCAGCCGAACGUUUGGCUCAAGUCCGCGUCAAAUUCCUGCGGCAGUUCGUUAAAACCGAGACAGAUCUCAUGCUUGGUGACUUGGCGGUUCUACUGGGUGCAGUGUGCUGUUUUGAGCGUUACUGGGCCCAACUGGUUGGGGUUGUGCCCGUAGACGAAGGGAGUGGGCUCCCUCUGCGCAUUGAUCGCGUUUCACGCCUCAACCCCGAAGCGACUAUGCGCGAAUUGGUCCAAAAGUGCGGCGUUCGCUGGAGGGCCUACGUCGAGGUACGCCAACUGCGGAGACAACUCACUGACAUCUUAAAUGCUAAUGUGCAGGGCCUAAACCUUGAACUUGACCCCGCCUUACCCAAGCCCACCACUACCCAGGUUGAACAGUUGAGGCAGUUGUUUCUGGUGGGUUCCGUUUGCCACCUAGCUGCUAAGUAUGACCUACCGGUGGAGGACCUACCAGCCAAGGAUCGUCGGCGGCUUAGGUAUGCUUAUAAGGCAAAGCCUGUGUUUAUCGAAGCGGACUCACCGCUCGCUCGGGAAAAUUACAGUUUUGUUGCCUUUACAGAACUGCAUACAAGCUCAAAACCAUACCUCCGCAACGUUUGUGCGAUCAAUCCUGCCUGGGUGCCGUUCCUGGCUCCGCACAGCUAUUGCAUCGAUGGCCUAAAUGUGAUGGAGAAUGCGGUUUCUGAACCCACGACUGCUGACAAACCGUCGGUACUCGGGACAGAUAUGGGUGAAGAUGAGGGAGAGAAGGCGGAAAAGAUCACUCAGCCAUUUACCAAGACCACAGCAGCAGUGGGACAGUGUCCGGCUCCCUUCUACGAUACCGAGCACGACGCGGUCCUUGUGUACGCCAAGCAUGUCGUCUUCGUCGGCGCCAACUUCGUCGACUCAGAGGUCACGGCCCCGGCGGAAGUGGGGAGUAUGGAGAAUGGUUUUGAGCUUCCCGCACUACACACACCAUUCCCUCUCACUUCGGGGCCGGCCGCCACCUCGCUUGGAGACCACGAGUGUCUUGUGUGGUCGGUGCGGUGGUUCGCCCGCUUCCUCCUGGAGGGCAAGGUCUAUCCUAGGCAACUUGCCUCUUGGUUUCCCAAAUCUGUUAGAACCUCCACGCCAACUCGGAUGAUUACGCUCUCCUGGGGUCUAGUGCGUCCGGAAGUCAGGGGGCUCAUUUCAAAAAUGUUGCCCAAUAGAGUAAAUUCAAAGCGAACCUUGGAGGGUUGUUUGGCGAAGGAUCCAGACUUCCUCUCACGAGAACUCACGGCAUGGCUGCCCCCCAACUGUCAUGCGAAGUUUCUAAUGAAGUGGCAUUCCCUCAGGCGGAAGUGA